AUGGUGUCCAGUACAUUUGUCGCCACUUUCGGGGCCGUGGCACUGGCCCCGUUUGCUUCGGCUUUUGACGCACAGGCAAAGACCAACGUUGCCGUCUACUAUGGCCAAGGUACCAACCAGUCACGCCUGAGCCACUUCUGCCACGAGACGUCCUUGGACAUUAUCAACCUCGGCUUCGUCAAUGUCUUCCCCGACCAAGGCGUUCUGGGAAUGCCCGGUACGAACUUCGGUAACCAGUGUGAUGGGUUGACCUUGAACAUUGGCAACACCUCGACCCAGUUCCUCACGGGCUGCCAUCAAUUGGCGGAGGAUAUCCCCAUCUGUCAGGCGGCUGGCAAGAAGGUCUUCCUUUCGCUUGGAGGUGAUUCUGGCUCGGUGCAAAAGAUCGAGUCUGAUAAGUCGGCUAUUAAGUUUGCCGACUUACUUUGGGAUUCUUUUGGUCCCAACAAUAACAAGUUGGCACUUCUUGGGAGCCCUCGUCCUUUUGGUGAUGCUGUCGUGGAUGGAUUUGACUUUGAUAUUGAAGUUGGUGGUGAUAAUGGCUACGCAACCAUGAUCAACCGUCUCCGUGAGCACUUCGCAGAGGAACCCUCCCGGGCCUUUUAUAUCUCAGGUGCACCACAAUGCCCUAUUCCCGACGCUCAACUGGGCGACGCCAUCGCCAACGCCGCAUUUGAUUUUGUCUGGGUCCAGUUCUACAAUACUGAAGGAUGCUCUGCUAGAAACUUUGUGCAGGGCAAUGGGAACCCGGGAUUCAACUUUGAUGACUGGGUGAAAGUCAUCAUGAGCAGCGCAAACCCUGACGCGAAGCUCCUUGUCGGUCUGCCUGCCAGUCCUGACAUGGCCAUUGAGGGUUUCUACUUGAAUCCUGCCGAGGUUGAGCCUUUGGUUUCGAAGUACAUGGACAAGUAUCCCCAGACUUUUGGUGGUAUCAUGCUCUGGGAGGCAACUGCAUCUGACAACAAUGUCAUCAACGGCGGGACCUAUGCGGACAACAUGAAGGCAAUCCUUUACAGGUACGGACCUAAGCCUACACCCACACCUACGCCUACGCCUACGCCCACGCCCAUACCCACGUCUACUCCCUCGUAUACUCCUUCUCAAAGCCCCUCGUUGUCCAACAUUCCUGUUCAUUCGAGUAGCUGGGUCUCAUCAAGCUCUCUGAUAUCUUCGGAGACCCCCUCUAGCUCGUCCGUUGCAUUUACUCCUUCGUUUUCUGCCCCGAAAACUUCGAGCACCAAGGCUUCUAGCUCUGUUGCUCCUUCGAGCACGCCGAUUGCUUCAGGGAAGCCAACUAAGUCGCACUCUUUGACUUCUUCUUCAGCCCUGGCAACAUCCACGCCAGUUGUGUCGAGCACGGCCAAGGUUUCUAGCUCCACUGUCUCGAUUGGAGUCUCGCAGUCGAGCUCUCAGAUUGCUUCUGGCUCUUCUACUCCAGUCAAGUCAUCGAGCUCGGUGAUUGCUUCCAACAAGCCCACCACAUCUGACAAGCCUACGCCACCAAAUUCCGUGGCUGUUUCUGCUUCUCACUCCAAGAUCGCUUCAUCCGCGGUGCCAACUGGAUCAACCAGCAAGACCGUGAUUUCCACAAAGUCCUCUUCG